UCAUCCAGUUUCAUCGUGCUUAUGAAUACAAUAUAAAGCUACUUAAAGUUUCGAGUGGCUCAGUACGUGUUGGUGAAGAAGCAAGCUCAGUGCCAUCAUACUGGUCUGAUAUAUAGUUACUUCUGUUAUUAAACUUGACGAAAUUAGAGAAUUUCGUUAUAAAACUUGCUAGGAGCGAUAAUCGUCAUGGCCGUCUUUUAUCUGGUGACUGUGUUGCUGUUGGUUGGUCAUGCUCUUGGAGAAGGACCUUUUGAUGGCAAGAAAGACCAACUUCACUACAUGACACCUGACCGCAGCAUAUUUGAAGGCGACAUCAAGUUAACACCUGAACAAACUCGUAACCUGGAAGCCUUCGGCGACCCAACAUUCCUAUCAGGACGAGCCGCCAAUAACAAUCCAAAGAAGCUGUGGCCCAAUGCUGUUAUACCUUACGAAUUUGACUGCAGUGUUUCGAGCCUGGACUGGGGAAUCAAAGCCAUCAAAGCCGGUAUGGCAGAAUGGGAGAGCAAGACUUGCAUUCGAUUCAAGCCAAGAACAAACGAGACCAACUACAUUUGGUUUUACAGAUCAUUAGGAUGUUGGAGUGAGGUGGGUAUGACGUACGGAAGGAAGAACUACCUGUCCAUGGGUAAAGGUUGUGAUUAUCAACACGUCAUGACACAUGAGCUUGGGCACGCUAUUGGAUUCUGGCAUGAACAGAGUAGACCCGACAGAGACUCCUACAUCAAAAUCCUUUUUGAAAACGUCCAAGAGAGUAUGAAGUACAACUUCGAGAAACGCAAAUGGGGUACCGAAGUCAUUGAUUACAACGUCCCAUACGACUACGGCUCAAUCAUGCACUACCCAUGGAACUCCUUCUCUAGUAACGGAAAAGAUACGAUCAAACCAAUCAGGGACCUCAAGGGAAAGACACCGUACGUGGCACUUAGUGAUGACGACGCACUUCAAGCAAACAGAAUGUACAAGUGCCCAGGUUUUCUGAAAAAGGCAAGAAAUUUAAAAACUCAAAAACAGAAGCCUAUUGCUAUGCCAAAGGCUUCGUUGGAGGCGCGAUCAGCUUCUUGUGAGGAUCGUUCUGACAAUUGCGCAGACUACAAGCAGACUGGACUGUGCGAAAAGCAUGGCGAAAACUUGUUUUACUGGUGUUCCAAAACAUGUGGUCACUGCAUAUCAGCUCAUUGCAAGAACUAUGAGUUUGAGUGCAUCCAGUGGGCUAAAGAAGGAAAAUGCCAAACAGAAAAGGAAAAAAUGAAGCUGUAUUGCCCACUUAGUUGUAAAUUUUGCAACAAAUGCACCAAGCCAAAACCAACCCCUUCUCUGGCACCCAGAACUGGUGUUGGUCUUCGCUGUCUGGACAAGUACGAUAAAUGCUCUGACUAUGCACAUUUACAGCAGUGUGGAACAACAGCUUGGAUUGACUUCAACUGUCGCAAGAGUUGCGGGACAAAGUGUGAUACCUAUCCUGUAAAACCUGAAGGAUCCUGUUCUAACGCAUUAGGUCUUGGUUGGCCGGGAGAUUACAAACUGCCUGAUGCUAACUUCUUUGCUACUUCCAAUUUUAAACCAGGAGAUUGGAGCGCAGCUGCUGACAACGCUCGUCUUUACCAAGAAGAUGAUUCAAGUAGAAAGAGGAUUGGUGCUUGGUGUGCUACGGAAAGAGACAACCAGUACGUAGGAGUGGACCUGGGCAAGGACAUGAGAGUCAGGGCUAUUGCUACCCAGGGCAGAGACGAUUCUCAUGAAGUAGUUCAGAAAUACAAACUGUCAUUUAGCUCGGAUGGGACGAACUAUAGGUUUUACCAAGAGAAUGGUAGCGACAAGGUGUUCGACGGUAACUGUGACUUCUUUACUCCUGUAAUCAACACUUUUACGCCUACUCGAGCUCGUUACGUCAGACUUCACGUGGUCAAAGCAAGUUAUCCGUGUGUAAGGAUGGAGCUGUAUGGCUGUGAUGUAUAACUGCGCAUGACAGGUGCAAGAAAUGUUCACAAAGAAUCUAAAGAGUAUUACUUAUACCUUUAAUGAUUUAAUCUUAGCGAAAAUAAAGCCAAAUUAGCAAUAAAUUACAGAGUAAUGAAAUA